AUGGCCCCAGCGACAGACGCCGUGGUCCAUGUAUCGCAAGUCACGAUCAUCGCUGAGGACCGAGUGUUUCCUUUGCUCCUGGAAACGUUUCUCGUUGCCUUACAUGCGAUUCUCACUCUCUACAUCCUGCGCAUCCGAUGGAUGGACCGCAAAACAUCGCCACUCAUGCGCCCUUUCCUAUUCAUAAUCCUCGCGAUGUUCGGCUUAUCCUCCGGCCACUGGGCUCUGGGCGUAUACAUGCUUCAACGGGACAUCUACGUUCUUCUUCCUCAACUACAAGACACCACGCCUCUCGCUCUCGCAUGGUUACAUGAUCAGCCCGGAGCACUGUAUGCCCAGCAAAUCAUAGGAUACAUCCUGAUCGUCUUCGGAGACGGCGUCAUUCAAUGGCGCGCCUAUGUCAUCUACGGGCGCCCACGAUGGCUAGGUCUCUUCCUGAUCUUCAUGUUCGUCGCAGAAGCGGCGCUGUACGUGGUAUCGACAAUCUACGCCGUGCUCUCCUACUUCCCACAAUCGCACACCGCCUUGCUCCUGGCGAAGUCGUACGGCUAUGUCUGGACGCCUCUAGCUGCCGCUACCCUGGCUAUCACCGGCUGGACCUAUGUCUCGUCCACAGCGCUGAUUGCGUUCAAGUUGUGGCGCCACCGGAAGAUCGUUCGCAGCUAUAUGCACCGGUCUAAUCUGCGGUCGUUUGCUAUCCUAGCCGUGAUGGUAGAGUCCGGCGUCGCCUACAUCGUCUUAUGGGCAUGGUACACCGGCGUCACCUUCUCGACUCUCACAUUGGCGCAAUCCUGGCUCAACUACUACGCAGUGCCCCUCUUCGCGAUGUAUCCAGCCGUCAUCAACCUACUCGUAGCGCCGCGCCGCUCAAUCAUCGAGAAGAGCCUCCACGCCGCGCGCGUCCACAAGGUCGACAUGCAUGCUUCCGACACAUUCAGCUCGAGCUCGGCACCGUCGGAUCACUCGCGAUCUACCCGCGGCGAUGAGGAGCGUGGCGUUGCCAGAGACGCGGACAGCGACGGCUCGACGGUACGCAAAGUGGGCAGCGUGCCGAAGUCAGGCCCGGGAUCGUUUCAUGGGGUCGAAAAACGGGCGAUUGACUUGCCAGCAAUUGGCGAUGAGCGGUUUGAUGGUGCUGAACGGGGACUACUUGGGUGA